AUGACCGACGAAGAUAAACGGAAAAGAAGAUCCGUGGCCUGUAAGUCCUGUCACAGUCUUAAAGUCAAAUGUACUCCCUCCGAUAUCAAUAACCCUGGAGGUCCUUGUGUACGAUGUUUGAACACAAAAAGAGUUUGUGAAAUCGAUUUGAACCAGCCCCGUAAGAGGAGGCGGAAGGCCGAGAUCCUAGAGGCUCGUGAAGCUGAAAAGAAGCAAGAUGACCAUUUUGUCGAUAGCAAUAAUAACAAUAUCAUCAACGAUAAUGGCAGUAUGAAGAGCGACGAGACGUUCACGCCAUCACCGGGGAAAUUCUAUGGGUUUGGGUAUUAUCAGGGCCAAGGAAUGGCACGUGAUCACACACCAAUGGGCACACCGGUGAUACGAGAUCAGACGUCAGUGAAUGGUCACCCUUCAGUACAAGGAAGUCAAGGUGGUCAGGGAAGUCAAGGAAGUCAUGGUGGCCAGGGCAAUGGUGGCCAGGGCAAUGGAAGCCAGGGCAAUGGAAGCCAGGGUAACGGCGGUCAAGAAACCAAUCCUUUGGGUCCUACACCCCAAAAUUUAACUCCGGAACAAGAAAUCGCUAACCUCCACCAACAAAUCUCCGCCCUAAAGGCCCAGAUAUCCUCCCUAAAAGGUGGCCAAGUAGACGAAUUCAUCUCCAAAAAAGACCUCCAGGCAGAAAUGAAGAUUCUCAACAAUAACGACCACACGUCAGCUUUCAUGAAACUCAGCAACGACCUUAAAGACAGCGCCAUUAAACGUAGUUCGUUCAUUUUGGACGAAAUCGAAGCCAUCGACGUGGUAUCGAAGAAAGUCAUCACCAUUGAAGAAGCAGAAAUGAGAUUAUCCCUUUUCCAGGAAAGUUUCCACACCAAAUUCCCCUAUAUCGACCUACCUCCCGACAGUACUGCCGAAACCCUUCGUGGUAGCCAGCCUUAUUUAUUUAAUGCCAUUAUGUGUGUGACAUCGUUGGUGUUAAGAGAAGGAGAUGAAAGUACUAACCAAAUUAUAGAGAUAAUUGCUACCAAAUAUCUCAUGAUGCAAGUGUUUUUGGCCGGGAAUAAGACGGAGGAAUACCUAAAGGCCCUAAUUCUCCUUGGGUUCUGGUACAACAGUCCUGAACUCGUCAAACAACGAAGAUUCCAUCUUUUAAAUGCUUUGGCUAUUGGACUUUUACACGACCUCGGGAUUGUGGUUAAGACCAAUGAUGAUGGUACAGAAACUCCUGCCACCACUGACCAGCACCGGAAAAUCAUUAUGUUGUUGUACGUAGGCACAGUGACCACCUGUUUGAUCCUUCGUAGAACCAUUUAUGUUAAAUGGACACCUUAUGUUGAAGAAUGUUGUUCCUUCCUUGAACGAUCUAGUGAUUAUACCCUUAACAGUCUCGCCAUUCUUUCCCGGUUGAACCAUAUCCUUGAAAAAAUCCAUAAUUCCAUCCAUUGUUCCGAUACCACCGUCGACUCCACCACCAAUCAUUGGAUAAUCAAAGAACUCCAGGACGAUUUGAAUCUUAUUCGGGCCAAAAUCUUCAAGACCUUCAAUACCGAUAACCGUCAAGGCAUAAUGGCGUACUACCAUUCAGUAGAGGCUUAUUUACACGAACCUUUAUUGACCCAGGUAGCAGGGUUGAAUACUGAUGGUACGGUAUACCUUAAAACUGAAGCCAUUAAGGCCAUUUCUACCUGUACCACGGCCUGUGUCAACUGUUUAGAGAGUUUCUCGCUAAUGGGGUCAGAGAGAAUUGCUUGUGUUCCAUUACUUUACCUUUCUCGAAUCAUUUACACCGCCGGGAUGUUACUCCGGCUCCGUUUCCUUAUCCUAUCAUUCCCCCUUCAUAUUGAGAAGAACCUCGUACCGAUAAAUGCCAUUGAUGUGGUACAAAAGACCAAUCUUGUGUUCCUUAAAUCGGCCGAACUCCAUCCGUUCAAUUAUUGUAUGAAGAAGAUCUCCUUGAUGUUACAGUUGUUCAUCCAGACCUACGCUAACCAGGUCAACACUUUACUUAGUUCUGACAAGAAGACCAACAGUUUCAAGGAUUUGGGCGACCAAUUAGUGAACGACAUUCUUUGGAAACCCAAUAAUUAUGGGGUUUUAACGUCAAAUUCCGGCGUGGCCAUGCAUCCUCAUGUCCCGUUGGACGUAUUGAGCUAUGCCGCCGCUUUUAGACGGUCGUUGAAGCACGGGGAGACCAAAUCUUCAUUACAGGAGGAAAUGGCGUAUGAUGAUGAUAAGAAGGAUUUAAAGAGUCAGUUACAGUCCCAAUUACACUCCCAGUUACAGUCCCAAUUGCAGAACCAUCUUGUUAAUCCGUUGAGUUACUCGGAGUUUGGCCAACAGUUCAGUAUGAUUAGACCUACGGGGCCUAGAGGUCCCACUAAUGGGUCUAUUGGAAAUGGGUCUAUUGGAAAUGGACCCACAGUUCAUACACUUGAACAUCAGUCAAGGGCAGUACCAGGGCAACCAGGUCAACCACAGUCGGUGCAGGGGCCACAAGGUCCACAAGGUCCAGGACCAGUACAAGCACAAGGGCCAGUACAAGCACAAGGACCAGGACCGGUACAAGCACAAGGACCAGUACAAGUACAAGGACAAGGACCAGGAAAUCUCCAUUCUAUGCUCACAACCGAACCCAUACUUCCCAUAGAGCCCAGUGUGGAACAAGAAGGCUACUACGGUGUUCCAGGGUUCGAUGAACUAGACAACAAUUUCAUAGGAGAAGAGUUCUGGGGCGAUAUAGUGAACCCUGGGGCGUCGAACUUCAAUUUCAGCAGUAAAGGUACGCUCAAUGAUGUUUUCUUCAUGGCGUAG